AUGGGUAAGCGUGCAGGCCGCGGUAAGUCGGAGUACAAGCCAUGGAAGAAGAGAGGCAAGACAGAACAAGGAGGUGCCUCGGAACAAGCAGCUAAGGAGGACAAACAGAAAGGAGAUAAGAAGGCCGACAACGGCUGGAGUAGCUGUAAUACAGAUCCUAUACAUAUGGAGAAUGAGCAGUGGGAGAUGUACUACUCCAACAUGCCUGGCUUGUUCAAGUCUCGUGAGGACUUUGAUGCUAUGAAGGAGACCAUGAAGACCCCUUUACCAGUUUCGAUACGUAUUAACCCAAGUUCGCCUCUGUGGAGGGAUGUUGCCAAUCGUUGCGAGGAGUUGUCCAAGGAGCCCACUCAGUCCGCUAUGGGGGAAGAUGAUGAUGUGGAUGAGACAGUGAAGAAGGGUAUGCAGUCCAGGGCCCUCGACUGGUACUUUGAUGGCUUCAAAGAGUCUACACCAAGGAGAUGCUGGCAAUGGGAUGCUUUAGGAAGGAAAGAUGUGAAGAAGAAGGCCGAGUUGAAGGAGUUGAAACAAUGGUUCGUCAGCCAGGAGCUUAGAGGGUGUGUUGCCCGUCAAGAGGCCGUAUCUAUGAUACCAGCACUCUUCGCUAAAAUAGACAGGCCUGAUCUCACAGUCAUGGAUAUGUGUGCUGCUCCUGGUUCUAAGACAUGUCAGAUGAUAGAGUCUUUGAGUAACACCAGCAGCAGCAGCAGCAGUUCGUCAUGCUCUCCUGAGUUCUCCAUCCCAGAGGGCUUAGUGCUUGCUAAUGAUAUAGAAUGGAAACGAGCCAAUAUGCUAGCCCAUCAAGUCCUGCGAUUGAACUCUCCUGCUUCUGGAGUUGUCAACUUCGAUGCAUCCUGUUUCCCAGUACUCUGGGACGAGGAAGGCAAGCAGGUCCUCUUCGAUAGAGUUCUUUGUGAUGUCCCAUGCACAAGUGAUGGUACUAUGCGUAAGAACCCUGACAUCUGGAGGGAGUGGAAGACUGGCAACAGCAUUGCUAUCCAUCAUAGGCAGUUCCGAAUCUUACUCCGGGGAUUGGAGCUCGCCAAGCCUGGCGGUAGAGUGGUAUAUUCAACCUGUAGUCUUAAUCCCAUUGAGGACGAGGCAGUAGUUGCUGCUGCCCUGGCCAACUUCAAUGGCGAAGUGAAGUUGGUUGCGGGACCAGCUGUUGGUCAUGCUACUUAUAGUAUCGCUGCUCCUCGUGGAGAGAUGUAUUCAGGCGGACGACCUGGCCUAUCAACCUGGACUGUUUCCCCACCUGGUGAUGCCGCUACCCAUAUUGAUAAAUAUGAGGAUACUCCUGAUCAAUAUAAAAAGAAGAUGUUAUCCAGCAUGUGGCCUCCUACUGACGAGUCCAUCAAGGCCCAACUACAUCAUUGCCGACGCUUCUUCCCUCAUGAUAUCAAUGCGGGAGGCUUCUUCGUAGCAGCUUUCGAGAAGGUGUCUAACGACGCUGUUGAUUCUAAUGAGGAGUCAGCAGCUACUGACAAGCAUGCUCCCGAGCAGCGUCGUGGAGGCCGGCCUGCUGCUGUUGAUGCCAAGCCCAUCUGUAAGGAGUACUAUCCAUGCCCGAAAGAGUCCCUGGAUACCAUACGAGAGUUCUAUGGUGUCACUGAGGAUAUGCUGCCUAGCGAGCUACUCUGGUGUAGGAAGGAUCAGCCUAAGAAGGUGUUCCUUCUCAGUAAGGCAGCGGUUAAGAUGGUGAAGGCCAAGACGAGAUCACCCUUCCGAGUAGCUAAUUUGGGUGUACGCGCCUUCCAAUUGGUGGAAAUUAAGCAUCCCAAGGAUGAGAACGCUAUUAAGGGACCUCCUAAUUGGCGUAUUGGACAAGAUGGUGCCCCUGCUCUUCUACCAUUAUUAAAUAGAGUUGCUGAGGAUAAGAGGCAAGUCAUCGAGAUACCUAGCCUCGAGGCUCUAGCCCAGUUACUCGAUAGGAAAGAAGCAACUUUAGAGGAACUAGGAUGUGGUGAUAAGAAGACGAUGAAGCCAGGUGGGGUGAUAGCCACACUGCCCUCUUCUUUUGCUGUCCAUGGCGGUACUGUGGCCGUAGCCUGUAUGCUAGCCCAGAGUGGUAAGGUCCAAUGCUAUAUGGACAAGCUCCAAGCUGGAGCAUUACUACAGGCAGUGAGAGAUUCUGUAAAAAAGGCCUCUCAAGGGGACGUACAGCAGAAAUGA